AUGAUUCCAAAUAUAACCUCCGAAUUUAUCCAAUCCUUUGCUCCAAGGCCAACUGUGGCCAGGAGAAAAGAGGCGCUUGAAUUGAGAAAGACAAUGAAACCCUUGUUGGAAAAGAGAAGGCGCGCUCGUAUCAAUGACAGCAUCAACCAUCUGAAGACUCUGAUCCUUCCACUCACAGGAAAAGAUAAUUCUCGGUACUCGAAGCUUGAGAAAGCUGACAUCCUUGAGAUGACCGUAAGAUUCCUCAGUGAUAUUCCUGCUGCUCAGAAAAAAAGUACAUCAGACAGCUACAAAGAAGGGUACAAAGCCUGCCUGCAGCGCGUCACCGCUCUGAUCCCCAAAACGAACCUGGACAAAGACUCGUGUCAGCGGGUGAACGACUUCAUUCAGCAGGCCAUGUCUGCGUCCGUCGACCCAGCUUGUCAGAACUGUUGCGCCCAGAGCUCCAGGGCUUUCCCCCAGAUUCAGCAGAGACUCCUGAGCCUCAAAGCCAACGUUGGCUCCAGAAUCGAGAACCACUCGAACUCGCUUCCCAACCGGCCCCAGCCAGUGCCACAAGCUGUCAAUGCUAACAUGUGGAGACCCUGGUUGAUUCAAGAAGCCAUAACGCCAAUGUAA